AUGCAAAGCCGCCUUCAGAAUGAGUUCCGCAAAACGCCGAGUGUUCCUCUCCCCCACGCCGAAGCGAAGUUCGAGACGGGCCCCCCGAAGUUAGAGACGCUCAGCAUGUUCCCUCCUCCGGAGCGCCGCCGCACCGCAGCCUCGCUCGCCCGCCGACUGCGGGCGCUGCUGCUGGUGCUGCCGGCGCUGCGCUGCGCCGCCGUCCCUCACGCAGCCAGUCCCCGCAUCCUGACCGGGGCGCUGGGUGGGAAAAAGUUCCAGUUUAAUACCACAGAGAAACACAUCACCCUCUACCACGCAAAGGGCUCUUCUUCCGUGUUCGUAGGAGCAGAAAACAAGCUUUACAUUUAUAAUUUGGAGGACUCCACCAGCCACGUGGAACGUUUUGAUAUAUCCACGUCCCUGUGUGAAAAUCCCGAGGACGCCACCAAUUAUCUCACCUUCAUCGAGAAGUACCAGGACAAGGUGUUGAUUUGUGGCACCAACGCCUGCAGGCCAACCUGCUGGAACUGGGUCGAUGGGAAGAAAGAGCUAGGGAUCGGUGCCCAGAGCUUAGCUCCUUUUGGCCUUGAUAAAAAUUCCCUCGUCCUCAUCGAUGGCAAUGACAUCUAUUCGACUAUCCGGAAAUACCAAUCCAAUGGACGGAUCCCUCGUUUCCGGCGGGUCCGUGGAGCCGCUGAACUUUACACCAGUGACACAGUCAUGAAGAAUCCACAGUUUGUGAAGAUUGCACCAAUCAAGCAAGAAGAGGCCUACAACGACAAGAUCUACUUCUUCUUCCGAGAGGACAACCCUAACUGGCCAAAUAAUCCUCUGGCCCCAAGGAAGAUCUCCAGGGUGGCUCAAGUGUGCAAGGGUGACAAAGGGGGCAAUGGGUCCUUUUCAGCAGCCAAGUGGACAACUCUCCUGAAGGCCACAUUGCUCUGUGUGGACUCAGCCACUAAACGAAACUUUGAGUGGCUUCAAGACGUCUUUAUCGUUGAAUCGGACCAAUGGUUUCAGACAAAGAUCUACGGGCUUUUCCUCAAUGAGUGGGGUUACUCGGCAGUCUGCGUCUAUUCCGUUAGUGACAUCAGCGAACACUUCAGAACGUCUCCCCUGAAAAACUACAGUGGAAAAAGUCCUGCUGUGAAGCCAGGACAGUGUCUAGAAGGAAAUGAAAAGACUCCACCUGAGACUUUCAAAGUGAUCGACAGCUAUCCAGAGUUGGCCGCCCAAAUGAACGGGAAAAUUGUCUUCUACAGCAAACAUCACUACCAGCAACUCGGCGUCCACCAGGUUGAGGCAGCAAAUAAUGAGAUCUACAAUGUUCUGUAUUUAGCCACAGACAAAGGAAGCAUCCAUAAGGUGGUCGUCUUGCCAAAAGGACCCAUGAAUAUUCUGGAAAUCCAGCCUUUCCAAUCCCAGGCGGGCAUCCUUGCCAUGAUUUUAGACCAUUCAAGGAAUGAAUUAAUUGUGGCUUCGGCCAACGAGGUGGUGCAGCUUCCCAUGGCCUCUUGUGGGGCAUAUCAGAACAACUGUGGGAGCUGUGUGCUGUCCAGAGACCCCUACUGUGGAUGGAUCAACGAGGAAUGUACUUCUAUUUAUGAGCAGGAAAAUGGAACCUUAUUGCAGUCUCUAAGCCAUGAUGUCCCUCGGAACAUUUGUCCUACUUCAAACAACUUGACCUCCGAAGACUGCCUUUAUUUCAUUGACAAUAUGACCGACCAGCUCUAUGGCAAGUAUUCCUGCGUAUCUAGAGAAGACUGGUUCUAUCAGACAGUCCUAACUGAAUACCUGGAGAAUCCCUCUAAGGACCCAGAGAACAAGGUUGCAAGAUCAGUGGGACUUGCCUCUGCGCCAUCUUUAUCAUUCUGGCUGGGCAUACUGCACAUGAUAGGCAUAGUCUUGAUCAUCCAAUAAAGCCUGAUCUUCUGUGGACUUUCACACCCUGUCCCUACUUGGCCGGAUAUUCAGGAGCAUUUCUGCUGAAGACAUCUCACCAUGUCUUCAGCUGAGGAUCAAAGGUCAGUGCAGAUGUUCUUCAAAGCAACAUCUCCUUGAUCUUCUUGACAUCUGGUUGGAGGCAAGGGAGAAGAA